CGCGCUGUAAGGCGCGGAAAGCAGCGGCAGCAGAGCCGGAGCAACAUGGCGCCGGUGGGCGGGGGCGGGCGCCCGGGCGGCGGACUGGCCCGAGGGCGCCUCCUCCUGGCGGUGCUGGUACUGCUUAUGCUGCUGUGGGCGCGGGGGACCCGGGGCCAGGGCAGCCCCCAGCAGGGUGCGAUCCUGGGCAUGAGAUUGGCUAGCUGCAACAAGUCGUGUGGGAUGAACCCGGAUGGCAUCAUCUUCGUGUCGGAGGGUAGCAUCGUGAACCUAAGGUUGUACGGCCACAGUCUGGGUGAUAUCUCCAGCAACCUGAUCUCUUUUACCGAGGUGGAGGACUCCGAGACGGCCCAAAACACCACCAACUGCCGCGAGCUCACCAAAGACCUGGUUGUCCAGCAGCUGGUCAACGUGAGCCGCGGGAACACGUCCGGGAUGCUGGUGGUGCUCACCAAGUUCCUCCGGAGGAGCGAGAGCAUGAAACUGUACGCGCUAUGCACCCGGGCCCGCGCCGAUGGGCCCUGGCUCAAGUGGACCGACAAGGACUCGCUGCUCUUCAUGGUGGAGGAGUCCGGGAGGCUCCUGCCCCUCUGGAUGCACAUCUUCCUCCUUCUGGUGCUGCUAGGGUUGUCGGGCAUAUUUUCUGGCCUCAAUCUGGGUCUCAUGGCCCUCGACCCCAUGGAGCUGCGCAUCGUGCAGAACUGUGGCACUGAGAAGGAGAGGCGGUAUGCCCGCAGGAUAGAGCCCAUCCGUCGAAAGGGCAACUACUUGCUCUGCUCGCUGCUCCUGGGGAAUGUGCUGGUUAACACCUCCCUCACCAUCCUUCUGGACAUCCUCAUCGGGUCUGGCGUUAUGGCCGUGGCCUCCUCCACCAUUGGCAUUGUCAUCUUUGGGGAGAUCGUACCUCAGGCCCUGUGCUCCCGACAUGGGCUGGCUGUGGGUGCCAACACAAUCGGUCUCACCAAAUUUUUUAUGCUGCUUACCUUCCCCCUCAGUUUCCCCAUUAGCAAGCUCCUGGACUUUUGUUUGGGCCAGGAGAUUCGUACAGUUUACAAUCGGGAGAAGCUGAUGGAGAUGUUGAAGGUGACACAGCCCUAUAAUGACCUCGUGAAAGAGGAGCUAAAUAUGAUCCAGGGUGCCCUGGAACUACGGACCAAAACUGUGGAGGAUAUCAUGACCCCGCUCCAAAACUGCUUCAUGAUCCGCAAUGAUGCCAUCCUGGACUUCAACACCAUGUCAGAGAUUAUGGAAAGUGGCUAUACUCGUAUUCCUGUGUUUGAAGAUGAGCAAUCUAAUAUUGUAGAUAUUCUUUAUGUCAAAGACUUGGCCUUCGUAGACCCUGAUGACUGCACCCCCCUGAAGACUAUCACCCGUUUCUACAACCACCCAGUGCACUUUGUCUUUCAUGACACCAAGUUGGAUGCCAUGCUGGAGGAGUUCAAGAAGGGGAAGUCCCACCUGGCCAUUGUGCAGAAGGUGAAUAAUGAGGGUGAGGGUGACCCCUUCUACGAGGUGCUGGGCCUGGUCACCCUGGAGGAUGUCAUUGAGGAGAUCAUCAAAUCUGAGAUCCUGGAUGAGUCGGACAUGUACAUUGACAAUCGAAGCCGGAAACGAGUGUCUGAGAAGAGCAAGCGUGACUUCUCAGCCUUCAAGGACACUGACAAUGAAUUGAAAGUAAAAAUUUCACCUCAGCUCCUUCUGGCUGCUCAUCGCUUCCUGUCCACGGAGGUGUCCCAGUUUAGCCCCUCUCUGAUAUCAGAGAAAAUACUGCUACGGCUGCUCAAGUAUCCAGAUGUCAUUCAGGAACUCAAGUUUGAUGAUCGUGACAGGUACUAUGUGAGCCAUUACCUAUACACCCGGAACAAGCCAGCUGACUAUUUCAUCCUCAUCCUCCAGGGGAAGGUGGAGGUGGAGGCAGGGAAGGAGAACAUGAAGUUUGAGACGGGCGCUUUCUCAUACUAUGGAACCAUGGCCCUUUCCUCUGCACCCCCUGUGCCUUCCACCCAGGUCGGGUGUCCGCCUGGCAAGCGGAACUCUCUUCUCUCCUGGCUCUCAGAACGAUCCCCAGCCCACCCCACCCCACUUAGUCGCUCAGCCUCCCUCAGUUACUCUGACCGCAAUACAGAUGUGGCGACCACAAGCAGCCUGACAAGCAGCACCAACCAGUUUGGCAGCUGCAUCGUGGGCCAAUAUAUCUCUGACUUCAGUGUCCGCGCACUCACGGACUUACAGUACAUUAAGAUCACUAGGCAGCAGUACCAGAACGGGCUGCUGGCCUCCCGCAUGGAGAACAGCCCUCAGUUCCCCACAGAUGGCUGUACCCCCUGCACGGAGAGCUUUGCUGAGAACUCCGAGUCUGAGACGAGGGUGGUGAAUGAGACCACUACACUUCUCAACGAGCGCAACUCCUUGCUGCACAGAGCCUCCCAUGAGAGCGCCAUCUGACAGGAGGGCCCGGGGGCCCCCCGCCUGCCCUGCGGGGGCCUCCCUGGUGGGCCCACAUGAAGACAAGGGAGCCUGUUAGGCCAGAAUGGGUGCAGGUAGAUAACCUGUGUGACUGGGCAGCCAGACAGCCAUGGCGAUCUGGCUGCCAAUGGGGACCUCUGAACAGUUCUGAGGUGGUGGCUGCCCAGUCCUGGGCAGUAGGGCAGUUUUCUAGCUGUAUGAGCAAAGGCUUUUUUUACUGAGAAAAUUUCUAAGCUAGGCUCAUUGCUCCUCUUUUUAAAUAUCUUUUGGGGAAGGGAAGACAGGGUUAAGGAACUUUAUGUAAACAACAAAAAAAUUUUUUUUCCAAAAGAAAACUUUAAAAGGGGAAGGGUUCCUCACCCUGGGAAGCAACAGCGAUAUUCUGCUCAUGGCCGUGACCUUCAGCCCAUGUCCAUGACUCUGGGAGCUGCCCUUCUCCUGCAGUGGUCGGGUCCCAGAGCUGUGAGAGGAGGGUUGGCUCUUGGGAGGAAGAUACCUCUUCCCAGGAAGCAAGGAAUCAAAUGGUAUUGAGAUCAUCUACCUGGACAUGUGCACCAAGAAAUCACUAGGCUGUGAGCACUGGGUGACUGUCAUCAGGGACGUGACAACCUCAGCGACAGAGAGAAGCUCAUCUACUCCUGUCAGCAGCUGAAUCCAGCCGUCUCCUGGAACUCUUAUCUGAUGGCUCUUCUGGUAAGUUGGGGCUUGGCUGAGGACCCUCCCUGCUGCCUCCUGUAUACCGCUUCGGACAACUUCCCCACUUGUAACUGGGUGGACUCAAAGUGUUAUGCAGGGUGUUUGCUUACCUGCUCCCCAGGCCCUGCCCUCACUUUUACCAAAGGUUUCCCCUUGGGGGCGAGGGCAUUUGUAUUAGAGAUAACUUGUCUGGGUACUCCUUUCAGUUCUAGGAAGACUGUGAUCACAGGCAUUUGUGUUGUUAGUAGUUACAACCACCCACCCUUACCCAUAAGGAGUAAGGCUCACUUGACUCAGGAAGCCUUUUACCCAGACUCCCUACUCCUCAUUUCUAUACCCCUGUCCCUCUGGGGGCUGGGGACAAGAGGACAUGUUGAAAGCCAGAUAGCCUUUUUUUUGGGGGGGGGAGGUUUGUUAUUUUUUAUACCCUUUCCUUUGCUUCUGGCUGAGGUUCCCCUGACCUCAUUCACCCAAAAAGGAACCCCAGGAAAGAAGGGUCCACCUUAAGACGUGCCAUUGGCAGCCCCAGCUGCCCGUGCCUGCGUGACCCUAGUGAAGGGCUCAGCCAGCCUCACUGCAGCCCAUGGUACUGCCUGACAGCCCCCCACCCAUGUUAAAUCCUGCCCCAGUGCCCUUUCUCUGGAUGGAAUCAGGCCGUGUUGCAGAGUUCUAGGCUUCCACUGUGGGACUGAGGGCCAUGUCUACCCUUCUGUUGGGAAGAAUAGAGGCUGGGGUGCAGGAAGGGGAGACUGCAGGCCUUUCGCCUGAGUGGUAUUUAUUCACUCCUUUCCUCAGCCAGCGGAGUCCUGUCACCCCCAAGUGCUCUGCUCUCCAGGUGCCCAGAGAAUCCUAACUUCUGGGACCAUGGGGUGGCUUGCACCAAGUAUACCUGCCCUCCGCCAGUCUGAGGUCUUCCCCGCUCACAGAAUUUACUCCUAGAAGCCUGGAGAAGGCUGUCAUGCCUGUGGGUUCUCAACUAUAAGGAAAAAAGCCAUGAGUCCUUUGACCCCAUAGGAAAUCCUUAGUUUUCUACAAGAAUAGCUUGUUCCUGAGUCCUCACAGGAGCUGGCCCAAUCGUGUUUCCAGGAGACCUGAGUGUCAGGUGGAGCAAAACAUGUUGGCCUGAGCCCACAUGAGUGGGUGUGAAGCAAAAGGAGCAGGUGCAUACACUUCCACAGCUACCUCUUUGCACACAGUUUCUACCAACAGAUGGUCCCUCUCCCCCUCCCCAUUUAUAAUCACUUCUUGCAGAGGGUCUUGAUUAUUUCCAAAUAUUACCGGUCCAAUGACUUCCUCCUCCCAGUGCAAUUUCUCACUUCCUAUUCCAACCUCUGGUUCCGGGGCUGAGCCAUACCCUGGAACUAGCCCACUCUGCAUGUCUUCGGACAGGGACACUUGGCAAAUGGCAUCCAAAUGGGUAGGCAAGUCACAGCCACCAUAGCAAACAACUCCUAUUUAUUUUGCAUAAGAUUUUAAUUUGUAUAUUUUUGUGAUUUAUUUUGGCAUUGUUAUGAGUUUGACUCUCGGGAGUUUUGUUGUUAUGACUCUGUCUUUUGUCACAAAACAAUGAUAAUAUUUGCUAAACAAUAUAUGGAAUUUAUUUUUGAUUGGUAAUAAAAAAUGA